AUGCUUCUACGCCUGUCCCGGACUGCUCAGGCAAACGCCAAUGGCCAUUGCCGAGCAUGCCUGGCCUCGCCAUCAUGGCGUCCCAUAGUCACGCCAUUGACGACAUCUCAACAACCACUGCGCGGCCACGAAAGGUCAUAUGGCGGCAGAACAGUCAGCGAAAGGGACUUUGUCGACGUAAUCGAGACGAACGAUCGAACCGACGAGACUACGGACGAGAUCAUGAGCCAUGCUAGAAAGGGAACAACCGUCACACGCACUGCAGCAGGCGACCUGAGAGCUGGUGGCUCUAGCAGAGCUUGGCUGGACCGACGUCUCAACCGUGUUACAUCUAGCGUGCCAUGUGUGACUGAGCCCGGACAAGAACCGGAGGGACAGUGGUCCAUGGACGACGAUAACGAAGGUGUGGCCAGGGCUAUCGAGGCGAUCUGCGUCCCCCAGGCACUCUUGAAAAACAGCGAGCGUACUCUACAGCACCGGGAGAUGCACUUGGACUCUCUCCAUGCUGUUUAUUUUAGGACCAAAAGGUUGGUCUCUUCUGCAGUUGAGCUUGGUCAAGUAAUUGAGGCUCAACAUAAUGAGGAGGAAAACCAUGUGAAGUCCGUUCGAGAGAAUGGCAAACUUUCGAGUGAUUCAGACAUCAGGCCUGAAAAGGCUGAGGAUUUUGUCUACGACCCCAAGGGUUUGCCAAUACACGAGACCGACAUACAGCAACUAGACGCCGACAACAUCCAGGAGGAGCUGCUUCAUCACGGUCCUUAUCGCGGUCCCAGGAAGGACAUGCACGUGAACCAGAACCGUCAGAGGAUUAAUGCGCUUGUUGAUGCCUUAAUGAAGCAGGCUGUGACUGAGAGGUUUCGCGGAAAACUAGACCCGAUUCGCCGUGCAAUAGAGAGUCUUGAUGGGCCUUGGACUGCUCUUGAAAUGCUCAGGCAAGAAGGCUACCCCAAGUACCAAAGUACCAGAAUCGACCCCAUUGCAGCUGCUGAGGGAAUCAAGAAGAUCAAUGACCAUGCUAGAAUGGUCUUCGCACGAUGGGAGCAGGCCAUUAUCGAGGAAAAAGCACAUGGUAGAGCAUCCCGCAAAAAGGACGAAGACUCGGGCUUGACAACGGCAAUGCUGUACAAGAUCUGCUUCAACCUCCUGACCCAAGUCUAUGAGCCCGAGGUCCACACUUUCAACACACUCAUACUAGGUUUCACAAUGGUGGGUGAGCAUCGUCUUGCUCGUAUCGUCAUGGACAGCUUUUUGCGUAGCAAGAUGAUGCCCACAAAGGCAACCGUUGUUAUAAUUUUACACCACUACUAUGCCAGCAAUGACAUCCUCGGAUUUUAUCACUGGGUUCGUCGCAUGAUAGGCCUUGACUCGAUGGGCGUUGGGAUCCGACGUGUGCGAUUGUCCACGACCGAGGACGACGGUGAGACGUUUCUUUCAUGGGCCGAGAGAGAAAAUGUGGCAUUGCGUGGGGAAUGGUUGGUCACUCGCAGCUGGCUGGACGCAAGUGAAAUGGAGGCGCUCCUGAAAGGUCUCAUCUACUUUGGCCAAGCCCAACACGCUGCGCAAAUACUCAGCAUGAGCCUGAAGCGAGGGCACGCUAUUCAGACAACCACCUUCAUUGAUCUUCUCGCCCUGAUAGGGAGCAGAUUGGACCAUGAUGCGGCAAGCCUGCUGGUCCGUGGUCUAUGUGCCAACGCAGGGGAUUUGAUUUCACUCCUCUUGGAGGAUGACGACUCGGUGUGUCCUGCUCUUCUCGUCACGCAGCUCCGGCGUGUGUUGGAACUAUAUGCAGUCCGCUUGUCCAUGGUCAUGGGGACAGAUAAGCAUAACUGGGCCAAGUCUCCGGUUGACUUCGAGGAAGGGGUCGCACUUCAGCAUCGUCGUGAUGUAUAUGUCAACACAGCACGGCUGUUGACCACCGAGCGUCCCCGUCAUCCAAACGAUGUAUAUCAGUUCUUGCCGGGCCUGUCGACCAUCGUAAUGGCGCUGCGGAUUAAAGAAAUUUCUCAGUAUUUGAACCAGGUGGAUGGCGACUUGGAGGAGAUCAGAUCAAGAAUCAACCGGGCAAAGCAACGAAUCGAUGAGACUCGAAAAAAACCAGGCUCUUCCUUGGCGCCCAAGAUUCAAGCAUGGUGGCGUCAGCGCUUCCCACCCACACUGGAAGCCCCUCCCAUGGGCAUGGCUUUCCAUAAACACCAACAAAUGCAAAAGAUAGGGGAGAGGUGGCGGGCCAUGUCGCGGCUCCAUAUCCUGGCCGAGCAAGUCGAUCUAGUCAUCGAGAAUGUGGCAGGGUGUAUUCAGACGUUUAGCCAAAUGCCAUUCGUUCCAUCCGAGUUGAAAGACGCCAUGUAUCUUUCUAUGCCGUCUGUCAGUGUCGACUCGUGCGUCAAGCUGGCCCACAAACAUCACAACGCGGAAUGGGUGGCUGCCGCCCAAGAGCAUAGAAAGAUCAACGCCCCCUUUUACAAGGCGGCCCUGCGCCGCGGUAGAUGGUCUCGGCAGGAUGUCAAACGUCUACAAGUCGAGGCCAAAAUUGCCAUACAAGCAAGCCUACGCCUCUCGUACAAGGUCAAGGCGACCAUGGCCAGGUCACUUCCACCGAAUGCCGACAACCUGCUGUUGGAUGCAUACGGAACAUGGCGCAGGGUACCGAUCGAGAAGCUGGCGCAAUACUACAUGGGAGAUUUUAAUGAACCACCACCAAGGGCUGAAGAUAAAGAGACGCGGCUUGUGAUGCCCGUGGCUAACUACUGGAACCGCAGGACAUACCCAUUUCAUUACCUGCCUGGCACAUGA